CAGAGUCGCACAUUACCAGACAGAAGACAGAGAAAGAAAAGAACAGAAGAGAAAGAAGAUGGCGAGCGAAUCUGCGGCGGCGGUAGAAGUUCCAACCGGCGGCGAUGCACCACCGGCCACGACGGAGGCGGUGGCAAAGGUGCCUCACCAGCUGGAGAGAAAAUGGGCUUUCUGGUGCGACAAUCAAUCCAAGCCAAAACAACAAGGAGCAGCUUGGGGCAGCUCCCUCCGCAAGCUCUAUACCUUCGACACCGUCGAAGAGUUUUGGUGCUUGUAUGAUCAGGUACUUAAACCCAGCAAGCUGGUGGUGAAUGCGGACUUUCACUUGUUCAAAGCUGGGGUUGAACCGAAAUGGGAAGAUCCAGAGUGUGCCGGUGGAGGCAAGUGGACCAUUACUAGCAAUAGCAACAAGAAGGAUGGCCUUGAAAAAAUGUGGCUAGAAACUUUGAUGGCUUUGAUUGGUGAGCAAUUCGAUGAGGCUGAUGAGAUUUGUGGAGUGGUUGCUAGUGUCCGUCAAAGACAGGACAAGCUUUCUCUGUGGACCAAGACUGCUGCAAAUGAGGCUGUCCAGGUUUUGUUCUUUCAGUUUACCGUUAAAUUAAAUGCGUAUAUCGUGUUAUCAUGCCGUGCCAAGUGUCUGCCGAUUCUUUAUUUUCAACCUGUAUUGUAUUUGUACUCUAUGUAGUAAAGCUUGUGGUAAAAUGCGAAUGCUACCAUAAGUGCGCUUGAUGUUGUUUUUUCUUGACACGUGUUGGUGCAAGGUUUAACAAUGGGAGGUCACAAGUGGCACAGUUAUUGCUUUGAAGUGCAUAUCUAAUGCUCGUUAUGUUGGGUUUUAGUUUUGUUGAUUUACAUAGCUAUAAAUUCAAUGUUGGAAAAUAUUGAGGGUGGUUUGGGGUAACAUAAUGGGCUUGGAGACCCAAAGCUUUUAGGAACCAAGUUUUGGAAACUUGGCACUCUUUGCUUCAGAUUCAAUGCUGAUUAGCAUGAUGCUAUUCUUUUUUCUGUAUUUGGUUGGCCUUUUUAUCAAUUGGAGAAAUCCAGUCCCAGCUGCUAUGAUAAGUUUAAAAAUCUUCUUUAGUUUCAAGCUUAUUAGUUGUAGUUUUAUUUGCAAAAUUGGAAGAUUUGAAACCAAGUAAUAGAUGUUAUUUGCCAAAUCAGUACAAAGUGCUUGAAAAUGAUGUCAGUUGAGGUUUUUAUCAUCAUUUUUUUCUUCUUUUUCCUGCUCGAGCACACAGAGGAAUAUUGAUUUGUUAUUUCUGUGAUAUAGAUGAGCAUUGGAAGGAAGUGGAAAGAGAUCCUUGAUGUUACGGAUAAGUUAUCCUAUACUGCCCAUGUGAGUUUUAGUUUUGCUGUUACAUGUCUCGUGCUCCGAGUUUGCCUUGUUAUUUUAAUCAUGUUGUGGUUUUGCAGGAUGAUUCCAAACGGGAACGAUCAAUGAAGAACAACAGAUACUUCGUCUGAAGAAUCUCUAGCUCGUGUGCGAGGUUUAUUUCAGAUGCAGCAGAAACGUUGUGGAUGAGGACGAUCUCAUACUACAACAAUAUAGAAAGUUCAUGAGAUUUAUUUGCUUGCUUGUAACAUUUUGGUGCCAGUUUUGCCUAUAGUAGUUUAGGGAAGCUCUUUCAAAAUUAUAUAAGCAUUGUCAUUACUUUGUUAGAAGUUAUGUUCCUGUGAACUGAUUUACGAUGGCUCUUUUUGUAGAAUUUAUCAACCAAAAUACCCAAAUUACAUAGAGCUUCAUUAAUAUUGUUGUUAUUGAUCCCGUAGAAAUGAACUCGCUUGAGUUAUAAUGGGUGGUUCCGUGUUUAAGCUCAUCAGUUUCAUUGUCUUUUCACUUCUUUCUCCUUUCCAUGGUUUCAACUUCGUUGGAGUUCUUGCCACCUUAAAACAUGUACUAAGCCAGUUGCAAAUAAUCACUUGCAAUGGUUGAGUAUAUCUUGGAUUUUUCCUUUUGCUUUAGAAUUCACAUUGCACAUAGAAGAAUUUAUUCACCAAGCAGAUGAUGAUCAGCAUAAUCUAUAUCAAGAAAUGUGGUUGAUUUCAAGCGUUUCGCUAAGCAAAGAUAGGAAGCCACAUUUGAUAGAAGUGGUAUUCUAAAGUAUCUUCUAUUGCGAUUUCAACAACAAAGGAUGAAGAAAAGCAAACCAAAAAUUACAGUCACAAGUGUAAUUUAAUAAAUAAAAAUUCUAAAAAGAGAGGAAAGUGAUUGAAAUAUAUGGUUGUUUUUUGCGUCCUGUGAUGAAGGAGGUGAUCUACUAGGGUUUAUACAAAUCUCUCUGAGCUUAGAAAAUGUGCUCCCUUAGCCAUGGAUAUGGCAUUAGGAGAAAUCAGUGAAGGUCCAAAAAUCAAGCAAGGAAGCCAAGUUUUUCUCCAUUCUUCUUUGCUAAUCGAAUUAGCCCUUGUCUUUGUUUGUUGUCUGCUCCAAUUGUUUUGCAGAAUUCAUUUAUCACCUGCAAAAAUAAAUUUCAUUCAUUUAUGAGUCACAAUUGAGUCACAUGUUCAAAUGGCAGGACACGACCAGCUACAAAUUUGUACUAAACACCGUCCCAGUAUACAGUCUUAGUUAAACAAUAAUAGUCCCUAAAGGGGAUCAGUCUAUUUCCCAAUUGUUUAAAUCUCAGUUAUCAAGUAGUGUUAAAUUUGGGAAUAAAUACAGAGAAAAACACAAGAUGUACAUUAUUGUGACCAAUUUGGCUUAAUUGACUUCUUUAAGAUGAAAAAUCAAUCAAAAGGGAUUAAAUUAAAACAGAAAUUUAUAGGAAAUAUUACUCAUUUCUGCUUUAAUUUUAGAAAUAUGACGCUAUCAUAUAUUCUCUCUGUCUCAAAAUUAUUGUCCACUUUGGUUUUUUUUUUUUAGUUCAAUUUGUAAUUGAAUUAAAACUACAAACUGGACAAUAAUUAUGGGACGAGAAAGUACUAAAAGUUAUAUUUACUCUUUUUCGAAUUAAUAACCAAGACUAUUAUUUCGAGAUAGAGUGAAUAUUAAUCCUGACCUGAGAGUGUAAAGAAAUGGCUUUGCCUCUCAAUUGAUUGAAUCUCUUCUUCCCAACAAUGUCACGAACCACAACAACAAUGGGAGCAAACAAACCUUUCCCUGCAUUCACGUUUCCCAUCAUCGGCCGUGAUCUCACCGGCUUCCCCACCACCCGAACUUGACCGGCAGGAACCACCGUCUUCGCCGCCAACAUGGAAUAAUCUUCACCACCCAGUAAAGAUGAUUUCCCCUGCCAGCAGCUCCCGUGGAAAGAUGAAGUUAAACCAGUAGCGCAAAUCGAUGUUGCCAUUGUUUCACUCAAUAUUUUUAAACACCUGUCUUUACGAAAGUCGAAAGUCUGAAAACUGAGAAUCGAGCGUUUUUGCUUUUUCGACCUUCUUUUUUUUUUCUUUUCUUGCAACUACAAUAUCAAGUGUAGCUAGUUUGGAAGGAUUUUGUUUAAUGCUGUGGUUCUUAGGUAAAAGAUUUUGUGUGAUGAAGAGGAUUGGUGAAGUGGUGUAAGAAGCAGAGCCUGUGGUUUAUAUUGGAUGGGAGAGAAAUG